AUGGGUGUCCUGGAGCAUCAAGAACCAACAAUAGAGAUCAACGGCCUGAAGUUCACGUAUCCAGGUAUCGACGGGCACCCACCGCCUGGGUCGAAACCUCUGAUAGAUGAUUUCUCUCUCACUCUCAAGUCCGGUGACCGGUGCCUUCUCGUUGGAUCAAUGGCGCUGGUUCGUAUAACCUUUUCAGAGGAAAACGACAAUACUGAAGAUAUUGGGAGGAAGCACAUGGUGGAGCCUCAAAUGGUUCGCGUGUUAGGAAGGUCUGCUUUUCACGACACUGCUUUGACGUCCUCCGGUGAUCUCUUGGAGGUGAGAUGUUGCUUUGCUGGGUUAGAGGUUCCCAUACAAAUUGAUGUUUCUACAAAGAAAAUGAUAUUUGGUUUAGUAGGAAUUGGUCCUCAAAGAAAAGCUGAACUAAUCAAGGUAUUAGAUAUUGAUCUGUCAUGGAGGAUGCACAAGGUUUCUGAUGGUCAAAGAAGAAGAGUGCAAAUUUGCAUGGGUCUCCUUAGGCCAUUUAAGGUUCUUCUUCUUGAUGAGAUAACAGUUGACCUUGAUGUGCUGGCAAGGGCUGACCUUCUGAAGUUUCUAAGAAAGGAAUGUGAAGAAAGAGGUGCCACAAUAAUUUACGCAACACAUAUAUUUGAUGGAUUAGAGGAGUGGCCAACACAUAUUGUGUAUGUGGCUCAUGGGAAGUUACAGUUAGCAAUGCCAAUGGCAAAAGUCAAGGAGAUUAGUAAUUUAUCACUUAUGAGGACAGUAGAGAGCUGGCUGAGGAAAGAAAGAGAUGAGGAGAGGAGGAGAAGAAAAGAAAGAAAGGCAAGUGGUCUUCCAGAAUUUCAAAAACAAAUGGAGGGAAGCCGAGUUACUGGUGAUCCAUCUUCUGCUGCUGUUCAUGCUAUGAACAAUGGUUGGGCUGCUGGUAGACUGCACUCAACCAUUGCAGGUGAAGAGAACUUCUUCUUAAGCUCAAAUAGAGUUUUGAGACAGUAGGCAAAAUAAUUCCGAUAAAACAGUUAGUUCAAAAGGUCCCCGUUUGUUACACAUGAUCUCAAAUUGAUUCGCAUAUCCUUGAAGUAUGACUGGCAAGUGGCAAGUUUGUUCACAAGUUUUUCUGCAGCAAACAUUUGAAAAAGAAAAAUAAAUGCAACAGCUUGUAUCAUUGUAUUCAUUUAGUUAAAAUCCAUAUGCAAUGGAUGUAUGAUUCAUUAUGAAUAAAUAAAGUUGUCAAUGUUUGUCUUCUA